AGGUUGUUGUAAGUAAAAUAAGAUGUCCAGCAUGCCAAAAGCCUAUUUAACGCGAAGAAUACAGCUUUCUGCUUGCCACCGAUUGCAUAGCACUUCCCUGACUGUCGAAGAGAACGCUCGUGUCUACGGAAAAUGCAAUAACAUCAACGGCCAUGGUCAUAACUACAUUGUUGAAGUUACUCUUUUCGGAGAAGUAGAUCAGCGUACAGGUAUGGUUAUGAACUUGACUGAUUUGAAGGCUGAGAUGGAAACAGCCAUAAUGGAUGUAGCAGAUCACAAGAAUCUGGAUAAAGACGUGGCAUACUUCAAAGACGUUCCCAGCACUACAGAAAACGUUGCUAUAUUCUUCUGGUGUAACCUGAAGCAAACCAUGAAGAAACCAUCCUUGCUAUACGAAAUCAAAAUCCACGAGACCGAAAAUAAUAUUGUUAUCUAUAGAGGAGACUAGUUCAUUUUUAGACUAAUCGAUAAACUUGUAUUAUUGCUUUUAAACUUGUUUUCACAGAAUUUUU